AGAGAAUCUAGAGAGAUAGAAGGGCAAGGAUGAAGAGGCAGAAGAGAAAAGAAGAGAAAAAAAUAAACAAGGAGGAGCAGGAGGAAGAUGCAGAAGAGGAUUGGUGCUUCGUCUGCAAAGAUGGUGGAGACCUCAUGUUAUGCGACUACCCGGGCUGCUUAAAAGUAUAUCAUGCUCAAUGCGUGGGUAAAAAGAAAUCCUUCACUGUGGCUGGAAAACGCUGGAUUUGUAGGAAGCAUUCUUGUGCAUUAUGCCGAUGUACCCCAAAGUUUUACUGCUUUUGUUGUCCGAAUUCAGUAUGUCGACAUUGCAUAAGCAGUUCUAAGUUUACACACGUUAGAGGAAAGAAAGGGUUUUGCAAGGAAUGUUUGGAGCUUAUUCUACUGGCAGAGCAAAACUCAGAAUAUGGUUCCAAUGGUGAAAAAAUAGACUUCAAGGAUCGAGAUACACUUGAAUGCCUAUUUAAAGAAUAUUGGGAAAUCAUAAAGGAAAAAGAAGGCUUGACUUCAGAUGAUGUCUAUUCUGCAGAUGUACUGUUAAAGAGGGAAGAAAAUAAAACAUACAGGUUUGAUUUUGUAAAAUCUGGCGAGGUUGAAGAAGCUAUUGACCUGAUAUCUGAUAGUGACACUUCUGACAAAGAAUUUCUGAGACCGAUGGGAAAAGGGAAGGCACAAGAGUUUAUCGGAUGGGCAUCCAAACCUCUCAUUGAGUUCCUGCGAUCUAUUGGUAUAGAUACAACCAACAAGUUAUCGCAGUAUGAUGUGGACUCAAUCAUCUAUGAUUAUAUCAAAGAGAGAACCCUUUUUGACCCAAUAAAAAAGAAAAAGGUCAUAUGUGAUGAGAAGCUUUAUUCUAUUUUCGGAAAGAAGUCCGUAGAUAGGAUAAAAAUAUAUGGUCUUUUGGAGGAACAUAUGGCCGAGAACUUGGUUAUAUCGGAUGAAGAUGACAGUGAGCUGGAAGACAAGAAGAAAGAUACAAUGAUGGCAAGCAAGAAACAAAGAGUGAGCUCAGGUAUAGCAUCUAUUGAAAAGGAAGUGAGUCCUAGUGUCCAGAAAAGUUUUUUUGCAUCUAUAGUUCCUGAGAAUAUCAAGCUUGUCUACUUAAGGAGGAGUUUAGUGGAGGAGUUCUUGAAGCAGCCUGAAAACUUUAAAAGCAAGCUACUAGGAACUUUUGUGAGAGUGAAAAAUGAUGCCAGGCUUCGUCUGACAAAUUCUCACCAACUUUUACAAGUUGAAGGUAUAAAGAAAGACUCAACAGCUGAUGAAAUGGACGGAUGAAAUUCUCCUCAAGUUUCCAAUAGAGAUAUCCCGAUUUGUAGGCUGGCAGAUUCAGACUUCACUGAGGACGAAUUUAAGGAGUUGCGGGAAAAUGUGGCAAAUGGCCUGCUAAGGAAGCCUACAGUUGCCGAGCUUGAACAGAAGGCAAGACUUCUGCAUGAGGAUAUAACUAAGCAUUGGAUUGAGAGAGAGUUGGUCAGGUUACAGAACUGCAUUGAUCGAGCAAAUGAGAAGGGACGAAGAAGAGAAUAUCCUUCCAUGGUCUAUAUGCAACUAUUCCCUAGUUAAACUUUCAUAGCUUUGAAUGCUUUAAUCUGAGCUUGUUUUAUUAUAGGUGAAAGUCCUCCCAUUGGUUUGCAGUUUUUGUAUUUUAUUUUCAUGGCCAAUUUUUCCCUCCACUCAAAGGGCAUGUUUGCAAGCACCGCUUCCAGUCCAACGUUUUAACAAAGUACAACAGAAAUUGUUUGUUGAAAGUCGUUUUUUAUUGUAGUUUACAAUUACAUUGUCCUGUCCCAAUUUUUGACCAUGAAUGGCAUCUAGUCAAGAGCAGUGGUUGAACGAGAUGCCAAAUUUUCCAGUAUUUUGAUAAUAUUUACGUGGAAAUAUCAGGUUUUGGUUCUUCAUGCAUCACUUUUACUACAUGCACACACGAACACAAACACACACAAGUGCUUGAGCAUCUGUCAACCUACAUUUGUGUUAUGCUACUUUGUCACAUUGAAUGACAGAGGACCUUAACCAGCUUUUUGUUCAACGCUGUGGGAAUUUAUGGAGAAGAGAGAGAUGCUAAAGCAACCCUCUGUUCAGAUUGGUCUACUAAAGGAGGUGCCGAAGGUCACUGCAGAGGUUUUAGAGGCUGAAUCUGGUUCUGAGGAUACUGUAAAAGCUGAUAAUCUAUAACGUGUUUCCUCACUAGGCUCGAUCAGCAUAUUGAAAUGACUGCUGUGUUGAAAGGGCUGUAAUGUGGCGUUGUUUGUUUUCUAGUCUAUGUCGUUCUGUCUUCUUAAGCUUAAAAUAAAACUGCGUUCAUUGCAGUUUAAGACAUGGCCAACAAAUACACCAUCGGUACUGUGUUGAUGUUGGUAUUUUGUGUUAUCAUUUCGGUUGAGUUCAUGGUCGGUGUUUCCAUCAUUUUGUGUGAGACAUAGAAGAAUGAAAAUUGGUAAAGUGAACGGCCUACUUCAGAGAUUUCUCAUAUGACUCACUUUAUGUAAGCUUGAAAAAUUAACAUUAGC